ACCACAGAGGCAGCAAUGCGGAGAAAGGGGGAGACAAGCAGGAGCCAGUGCUUGUGGGGACCUCUUGGACGACAUGGGCUGGGGUGAUUUGGGAGUGUUUGGAGCACCCUCUAAGGAAACCCCUAACUUAGACCAGAUGGCUUCAGAAGGGAUGCUUUUCCCAGAUUUCUACACUGCUAACCCUCUGUGCUCUCCAUCCCGGGCAGCACUGUUAACGGGACGUCUCCCCAUCCGGAAUGGGUUCUACACCACCAAUGCACAUGCCAGAAAUGCCUACACGCCACAGGACAUAGUAGGGGGAAUCCCAGAUUCUGAGCUGCUGCUUCCGGAAUUGCUAAAGAAGGCGGGAUAUGUCAGUAAGAUCGUUGGCAAAUGGCAUCUGGGUCACAGACCCCAAUUCCACCCCUUGAAACAUGGAUUUGAUGAAUGGUUUGGAUCCCCUAACUGCCAUUUUGGACCUUAUGAUAACAAAGCCACCCCAAACAUCCCUGUGUAUAGGGACCGGGAAAUGAUUGGCAGAUAUUAUGAUGAUUUCAAGAUUGACCGGAAGACAGGGGAAGCAAACUUAACUCAGAUCUACUUACAGGAAGCUCUCGACUUUAUUAGCAGGCAUCAAGCCCGCCAACAGCCAUUCUUUCUCUACUGGGCUAUUGAUGCCACUCAUGCUCCUGUUUAUGCCUCCAAACAUUUCUUGGGCACUAGCCAGAGAGGGUUGUAUGGGGAUGCAGUGCGAGAAAUUGAUGACAGCAUUGGGAAAAUCCUGAAGUCCCUUCAGAACCUGGGCAUCAGUGAGAACACGUUUGUGUUUUUCACAUCUGAUAAUGGGGCUGCUCUUAUUUCAGCACCUAAACAAGGAGGUAGCAAUGGGCCUUUUCUGUGUGGUAAACAAACCACUUUUGAAGGUGGGAUGAGGGAGCCAGCUAUUGCCUGGUGGCCAGGACAGAUCCCUGCAGGACACGUGAGUCAUCAGCUGGGUAAUGUGAUGGAUCUCUUCACCACCAGCCUUUCCCUGGCGGGACUGCAGCAUCCCACAGACAGACAGGUUGACGGUAUUGACCUUUUACCUGCCAUCCGGCAGGGCAGGGUAAUUGACAGGCCAAUAUUCUAUUACCGUGGCAACGAGAUGAUGGCCGUGAGACGGGGGCUUUACAAGGCUCACUAUUGGACCUGGAGCAACUCCUGGGAGCAGUUCAGCCAGGGUGUUGAUUUCUGUCCUGGGCAGAACAUUUCUGGAGUAACAACCCAUACUCUGGAGGAGCACACCAAAUUGCCUCUGCUCUUCCACUUGGGAAGGGACCCUGGGGAGAAGUAUCCAAUCAGCUUUUCCAGCUCUGAGUACCAGGACGUCAUGGAGCAAAUAGUCCCCGUGGUCCAGCAGCACAAGGAGAAGAUGGUACCAGGGGAGCCGCAGCUAAACGUGUGUGACAAGGCCGUCAUGAAUUGGGCUCCUCCGGGCUGUGAGAAGCUAGGAAGGUGUUUGGAACCUCCCAAGUCGGAUCCAGAGAAGUGCUUUUGGCCGCACUAAUAUUCCAGCCCCCGGGGCCAGCUGGAAAGCCGUAAGCAGCUGAGGUUCUGGUUCACAUGCAGAUUGACACUUGUGUUCACGUCAUGGAAGGGAGAUCAUCCCAUAUUCUCCAGAGAGGACCAGUGGUUACCGCAUUACUUCUCAGGGCUCUAGCAAUUAGCUUUUGUUUAAUUCGGUGCCUCUCUUCAGAGGUCAAAGAGAUGUUUGCUGUAGUGGUAAACUGUCAGGAAUGAAUGUCGUUUUUAAACGGUUUGACUGGAGAAGAUCUUCAGCCAAUCACAACUCACAUUCCUUCAGGAAUAACAUGGCUGUGCGGUCAUCUUGCUCCUUUCCCAUGCAGGCUCUUCUCUUGGAUCAUUGUCCAUUUAAGUGCCAAAAGUGGCCUCAAGGGGCAGGUUCAAGAAGAAGGUUGCACAGAAGUGUCAUGCCCUGCAGAUAGAAUAUGCCAGAUGUGCUUUGUGUUGCUUUCUAGUCACAGGAAUAAGUUCGUGGCUCACUGCAGUGAUUUUCAGUCACUUGUUUGUUGUGUUAAGCUAUGUAAGGCAUGGCCUUUUGUGUGUGUGUGUGUGUGUGUGUGUGUGUGUGUGUGUGUGUGUGUGUGUACACACAUACAUACUGCACCAAGCACAAUGCUCCCUGACCCUUGCUUGGAUUACUUCGGUGCUACCACUUGACACAUACCAGUGGGCUCCGUGUUUCCUGUCAAUGGUCUAACAUUAACGAGCAGGUUCCAAGCGGGAGAUGGGCUGGAGCUCUCACGCAGGCAGAGCUGUUAGGAGCAUUAGCUAGCAAUGUUUGAAGAUGAAGAGUGGCAUGUAAGUGCUAAAUUUCCCUCCAGUGUUCCAGGGAGUUCCUCUGGGACGGCCCUUAGUGCCUUAAAUCAGGAUCCAGUCACUUCAGAAAAUCUGGCUUUGGCUGAGGAUUGGGCUGCACUUCCAGCCUGCCAGAGGAAGUCACUUCUCAGUCACAUGGGCACAGCCAGCUGGAGGCUCAGAGAGGCCCAUUUGCAUCUGGAUCGUUAGCCUUGGCACCGUUCCCGGUUUAUGCUCUGUGGGGGAUUCUUCUCCCUGUGCAAACUUUCCAAGUGCUGCACUCAGCGUCCUGAGGCCAGCGUUCCUGUAAGUGCAGCUCUCGGGCAAUGUGGCGCCCCAGCAGAACUGCACGUGGCCAGCUCUUCCCCCUGCUCUCUGUUGUUCAUGCCCACGUGGCUCACCGGCCAUUCGGGGGCUGCUGAGGAUGCACGAGUAGUAGUCCUGUGCAGCCUGUCUGGGCCGCUGACGGCUCCUCCUCUGACGCUCCAGAGCAUCCGGUGCUGUUCCCGUUUGUCUUGAUGCAGACGUGAGUUGCUUCAGGAAGGAAAAUCAAGAUACCGAGCGUGACUGCACAACUCUCCCAGCCAGAGCCUACAGCUCCUGUGCUACCCGUUACCCAACCUUUGCGACCCUGACUCUCCACCUUUUGCCCACACAAGCUCCUCCCCUGCCUCCAGGCGUCGAUGACUCAACCCUUCUGUGCUCGCCUCCUCUAACCCUCUCACAGAGGCUGGACAGCCCCGCGGAUAAAGGGUUGACAGGAAGUGGCACGGAAGUUGCCCAGUCCCAGAGCCUCACCACAACCCAGAGCCCCCAUAACCAACCCCGGAGCCUCACCCUGCAGCAGAGCCUCUCGGUGUCUCUCAGAUCUGCUCAUCUGUUGAUUUUCCUGCUAUUCUGCAUUGCCUUUGCCUUGCGGGUCAGAGUGCUCCUUGGUAUCCAUCAGGUAUCUCUGGGCACCUCUCGCUGAACCCUACCCUCCUCUAUUCAUGGCUUCCCAGUGGCCCAUUUGGAACGCAACCCUGGAUUGGCCCGGAUUGCGGUGAGUGGCUGAGCCCAAGGGAUCUUUAUAACACACACACCCCCCUCCCCUUCAGAGCUCUCUCCCUUCUUAAGCUGGGCUGCUGCUGGAGUCUGUCGCCCAGAAGUGCUCAGAGCUCUGCGGUCCGUACUUGCACUGAUCUCAACAGGCCUGGACAGCAGCAGAUGUUGAGACCCUUGGAUGAAAGGCGCCAUCUGAACAGGGGCCAGGUCUUGUCCUUUGAGCUCCAGCUCAACCACACCAAGUCCCCUCUCAUUCUGAGCAUUUAUUCCAUGUUCAUCCCCGAAAGGGCUGGGAGCAUCUUAUCCCAUGUGUUCCUUGCCCUCCCAUGGGCAGCAGGUGGAGGCCCAGCUGGAGAAGGCAAACCCAAGCCCCGCCCCUUCUACACAGAGCCACACCCCUUUCCUGAGACUACCUUGCCCCUUCAACAACUUCCUCCCAGCCAAGUCCUGCUCAACCCCAGCCCACAAGCUGGAUCCUUCCUGGCCACCUGGAGGACCGGGGCUGUUGUGGUGUGGUCCUCGCCUGCCUGGGUGGCCAGGGAGCCAGGCUGCUGUGCCAUGGGCUCAGCCCUCCCGGGCAGCCGGGAAGCAUAGGCAGUUUUGGGAUUCCCUUGCCUCCAUUACCUGCCACCCAUAUGCCCUCCUCCCGUUUUUUCUCUCCCAGCUUAGUGUCUCAGAGAUGCUGCUUUUUCCCUCUCUGUCCUGCUGCUACAGACCCAUCAACUUCUUGAUGCCCUCCGUCUUGGAUCACUUGCAUGGAACCCUGAUUCUCAUCGCUCUGUAACAACUCCGCUGCACCACGCUCCUGAUCUCUGGGAUCCAAAGCAAAGGUGGAGUGGUCAGUCACCAUAAGCAGCAUCCUCUGUACGUCUGACUGUUCCUUUACUAACAUUGCCAACUCCAGGCAGGUUGCCCCUACUGAAACGUUCCAGAGGAGUGUAUAAUAAAGACAUUUCUUCUCCCGCCUUUCUGGUUCUCCAAGCCUCCUAGUGUUACUUUGGUAGUAGUAUUGCCUGCAAAAAAGGGGGUGGAGGACAGAAGAGAAACCAGUUUAGAGAACGUGCAAAAAUAAAUGAAACUGAUGCACAAGAUUGUGAAGCAAGAUGGCGGUGAGAGCCCCUUCAUGGGGGCACAGUAAGAGAAAGGUAAGAGCUUGAGAUCCCAUGAUAGCUGGUCAUGAUUACAUGGAUACCAAGAGUACUGAAUGGAUUAGGGAUUUUAAAGCAGCCUUAUGUGAAGACAUUGACUUUAUAACAACAUGUCUAUGACUCAGUGAUGUGAUUUGGAAAUCAUUACACUGAAGUGAUAAAUGCAGAGAACAGUAUUUAGAGCCAGUUUUGUAAAAGUGUGUGUGCAAAAUGUCCAUGUGCUGUGCAUUUGUGAUUUAGAUGCCUAAUUGAGCCAAUUAAUAAGUUGCAUGUGCAGUUGGGGGGAGAGGGGGAUACACACAUCAGUCUUAUUUGAAAUCAGUGCCUUUUCUAAAAACAUACACGUAUUUCUCCACGCACAGCUCCAGGAUUCUGGCUGUUGUAAGGGAAUCAACGGUAAUAUUGGUUUUUUCUGCUCUGCACUUGUUUUUUUUAAUGAGACAGACGUUUGAUAUGAAGGAGCUACUGCUUUCAACAAAAAUAAUUGUAGCAAAUGGGAAUUAGUUCCAUAGUUGUAUUGUUCCUAAGUAUUUGAAGCAAUGCCUCUUCCAAAGGUGUACAGUUUGUAAAGUUGUGGGCAUGGAGUAAUUGAACAAAAUAAAAGGAUAUUUGAUCAG